UACACCGCACAUGGAAUUAAGACGAAGUCCUUUGGGAACUUACUAUACCUGUGCCUUAUGCGGAUUGGGUUACGACUCUGUCACCAAGGCGAGCAUAUUUCCAGAUCACGAUAUAGAACUUCUCUUCGAUGUUGAGAUUAAUUUGGAUGACUUGCAAUAUAUAAACCUAUUGCGUCAUUGGAUCGAUACGGCAAUGCAAACUAAUCUCUCGUCGGAGAGUACAGAUAACAUGGAAGAGAUAAUUAUCU